AAUAUGAUGUCAUGAUUUCAUUGAGUACGCCGGUGAGCAGUGCAUUGUUGUCUGAAUAAUACUAUGAGUAGUUAUUAAUAGAAGGGAGGCAGAGGUUUCCUCAACUAGAGAAAAGCGAGAUAAAAAAAAAAAGAGAGGGAAUGUUUUGCUCUGGAAUUUCAUCUUGGUCAAGAAAUGUAUAUUCAGAUGAUUGAUGUUAAGUUACUCUUCAUUCUCUGGAAUCUUUCAAUUAUAGUAAUAGCAUCAUAUGAUGCAGUGGAAACUACUGAUGAAAAAUUGUCUACCUCAUCAUUAAAGAAUGACAUACUAUCAAAUCCACAAGAAACACCUAACAUCCAAAAUGAUAAUGAAGGUACAAAUAGCUGUCGAGAGAUUUCCCUGCAUCGAUGUGGCAGUAGCAUGGUUCGAGUGUUCAGACUUCUGGACUUUUUGCCGUGGAAGAAAUCUUUCGAAGCGAAAUGUGCCCUCAGAAACGCUUUCUUCACAUGCAUGAAAUUAGAAAAUGAACCAUGCAAGAAACAUCAGUGGCGUAUCAACCGUUCUUCCAGAUUCCGGAAAAAAUUGGUUCGAAGUUUGUGGUCAACAAGGGGAUGCAUUCUGGGUUUGAAAAACGACGGAACGCAUGUUUAAGAUGAGACAUAAAAAUACUCACAUGAAGCAAAUGAAUGGGGUUAUGCAAUCGAAAACCAAUUAAUAUUUUAUGGAUUUCGAGUUCAGCUCUAAAUCUGUGUUAACUAUGUAGAGUUAUAGCAACUACAUUGCGAUAUUACAUAUAAAUCUAUUUACAAUGCAAUAAUUAAUUCUAGAAAAAUGUGGCACUAGAUUUUGUUUCCUUUUCAAUCUUUUGCAAGAAAAAUUCUAUAUAAAAUUGUAUAUUUUGGAGAUAAUUAUCGAUUGUCUGGUUAUAUUUAUUCGCAAAUUUAAUUUGUGAAGUAACAUUAUUUCUUUCAUCAGGGUCAGUUGCUGAAUUUACAGAAACCAAAGAAGCAGGAAAAUCGAAAACCGCAAAAGAAAUGUUGUAAUUUGCACCUGAAGUUAUUACAUCGCAAACGAUGAAUUAUUUUUCAUGUUUGUAAAUAUCGUGCUUUUACAGAACAGGAAUAUUUUAAAAUAUGGUAUUAUUAUUAUAUCAUAUGAAAAACAUUAUAAACGUUUGGAACCCGAUUUUCUUACUGAGCUUCUAUUUGUUAGAAAUUUGGAUGCAUUGAUUAAUGUAAAAAGUGCUUCUCCUUCAAUACUUGAGCAUAAGCAUAUAUUCAAAGAAGCAGAAAGAAAAUGGCAUUGAAAAUUUAAAGACGAAUAAAAUAACAAUAAAAGAGAAGAAGAAAAAAGUGUAGAGGUUAGAUUAUUGAUUGCAGGAUUUUUUAAUCUAAUUUGCAGUCGCAAUUAAUCAAAUAAUAUAGAUUUUUUCAAUAUAGUUAAGAAAUUAUAAUUCAGGAAAUUUCUUUAAAUAAAGCAAUAGAUGCAAACCAACGCUUGUUUUUAUUUUUAUUUAUUGAGUAGAAAUUCAUAGUUCCUUGAAAUUUCAUUUGCAUUCGAACAUUUGCUGUUUUGAAUAUUUAAAACCUUGCAUAUUUAGAUGACUUACAUCUGUUCUGUGCUUUGUGUUCAUGUACUCUUUUAGUCACGUCCGAUAUCAAAAUCAGAUGAAAGUCGAAACUAACAGUAAUUUUAAAUAACCAUGUUGUCUGAGACAAUGCUAUGACUUCAUUUUGUAAUUUCAUAAGCUGCUAAUUUAAUAUUAAAAUAGAGCGAUGCAUUUUCUGGGUAUUAUAUGUAUUCAUCCAAUAGAAUGCUAGUUGAAUUGAAA